AUGUUAUUAAGAUCUGGAACUGCCACUUUACGUCAACCAACCACUUUAGGUAAACUAUUAUCUACUUCUGCUAGGAGAACCAAGGUGACUCUCCCAGACUUGGAUUGGGAUUUCGGUGACUUGGAACCCCACAUCUCUGGUCAAAUUAACGAAUUGCAUUACACUAAGCAUCAUCAAACGUAUGUUAAUGGAUACAAUGCGGCAGUGGAACAAUUUGAAGACUUGAAACCCAGAUUGGACACGAAUCCUGUGGAGAUCAGUCAGAAGUUAAUUGCGUUACAACAAAACAUCAAGUUCCAUGGUGGUGGGUUCACUAACCAUUGUCUAUUCUGGAAGAACUUGGCACCUGAGAAGCAAGGAGGUGGUGAACCUCCAUCUGGAUCGAGUGCCCUGGGGAAGCAGAUCCAGGAACAAUACGGUUCUUUGGAUAAUUUGAUUAAAUUGACAAAUGAGAAGCUGGCUGGUGUGCAAGGUUCAGGAUGGGCCUUUAUUGUCAAGAAUGUUAGUAACGGUGGUAAACUGGAUGUGGUGCAGACUUACAAUCAAGAUACCGUCACGGGUGCAUUGAAGCCCAUUGUGGCCAUUGAUGCCUGGGAGCACGCUUACUACUUGCAAUACCAGAACCAGAGGGCCGACUACUUCAAGGCUAUCUGGAACGUGGUCAACUGGAAGGAGGCCUCCAGGAGAUUCGACAAGGCCUAG